UUUGCGCAAAAGGGCAAGACUUGUCCACCUUUGACUGUAACUACCUAUGUGCCUGAGGGUCUGACACACAUCUGUUCAAUGGCUGACUUGGGCUCACCCAUCACCAUUGUGCCUGAGGGGUUCCACUAUGAAACCAAGUACAUUGUGCUCAACUACCUGGGACUUCCUGCUUCUAGGUCACAGACAUCUACUUCACUUCCAGGAGAUGGCCGGUCCUCGGCAGUUGGAGAGGACGAGCGAGAGAGGAACAGAGUGAUAAAGGGGCAGAUAGAGGAUGAGCUCAGAUGCCUGGAAGAAGAGAUUUCUGCCUCCUUCACCAGCACAGGUUUCGACCGGCAUACAUCUCUAGUAUUCAGUCCAACCAACCCAGAGAACUCCAUUGAAGAUUGCCUUGCCACCCUGGGAGAUCGGGUGGCCAGAGACCUGAGCUCACAUCUAGCGGCAGCUGUACACACACUCUUCACCGGUCCUCUGGAAUACCAGAAAUUCAGAGAUACGACACUGGAUGUCUCCACACACACACAGGGGGGCUGGAACAAGGUGCUAGUGCCACUGGUGCUGCUCCAGAUGUUGCAGAGCGAGGGCCAGCCCAUGGCCACCCUGCUGCCUCUGGGAGUACGAUUCCUUCAAGAGACUCAUGCAGAAUACAUCAUACUGCAAGGAGGAUGGGGUAGAGUAUUUAACCUCGAGGAAAGCGAAGAACAAGUGGUGGUCAUCGCUGAGGACAGCAACGACAUCUACAUCCUGUCGGGAGAGCAGCACCCUGACCAGCUCAGCCCGCCCUCCUCGCUGCUCUGCACUGGAGACAGCGGUAGCGGGACAUCCUCUUGGCAGACGGAAAGCUUACCUGUGUCUCUGGUCGGUCACGAGUCUUGGGCACAGGUCGGUAUGAUGGACCCUGAAGACGUCAAGAGCCUGGACAGUAACGACGGUGUGGCCCUGGCUGAGGAGCGCAGCGAAAACAACUCUUCGAACUCGGACAUCGUUCAUGUAGAGCGCGAGGAGGCUGAGCUGCUGGAGGAGAGUGGCGAAGUGGGAGCCAUGGAGGCACCUGAGCUUCAGGAAAGCAUGAUGAGCGUUCUCGGGACAGAGAGCGAGUUGGCCGAGCUCAGGGCAGAGUUAAGGGACCAGACCUUGUCUCUCCCAGCGCCAUCUGAGGCUGAUUCCACCGCCCCAGCCUCCCUGGUCUCAUUAGAGGAACCCGUUGUUAUAGAGAUGCCUGCAAGCUUGUCGGUAGAAUCUUCUCUCGCCUCCUCAGAACCAGAACCAUCUUCCCGGGCUCUCAAAGCAGCCACUGAUCCCCUUGCUGAACCAGAACCCACGGCACCGUUAUCUGUUCCUGCAACUGAGCCUGACCCUGAGCCGGAGCCUGUUGCUACCGCCACCCCUGAAUCUAUCAAGAUGGUACCUACAUCUUCAUCCCUGAUCCCCCCUCCCACAGCACCAGCACCCACCCUGGAAGCAAAUCCUGAACCUCAAAACCAGUCUGAGCUGGAACCAGAGGAGCCCCAGCUGGAACCAGAGACUUUGGCACAACUGGACGAUUUACCCAUACAGGCAGCAUCCUUCGCCCCAGAGGCUACUGAGCCCACUGUGGAGGCCCUGGCUGAGGAGCCCGCUGUCCAGACGGAGCCUGAGCCAGCAUCAGAGCUCCCAAUUCUGCUGUAUGGAGGUGCUGCCCUGGUGGCCCUAGCUGCUGUGGUGGCAUGUGGUACCCUGACCUACAGGAGAAAGUAGAAUAAAGUUUCUUCCUCCACCCUCAGGGGGAAGGUCCAUUCAAGAGGAUGCAACAUUACAGGACGCUGAGAUAGGGGGAAAAUUGUUCAGUCAGUUUAAUGGGUUUCUCUUCUGACAAAUUUCUGUCGACAUCGUGGUUUUCAGGCUGCAUUUCUAUCUACAGUGCUUUUGAAUGUUUCAAAUCUGUGAAUGCAUCCCCCUGAGAUCCCCACAAUCCCCUCGACCUCAUCUCAUCUCAGGCUUACAGCCAUGACCCCUGCCUAUCUACCCUCACAGCAACCCACCAAGCAAGCACAAAUGAAGGAGUUAAUCCUCACUAUGAUUUUGUUUUUCCUUCUCCUUCAGUUUUCUCAUAUUCAAUUUACAUUUUAGUCCACAACCCUCAGUUGUUGACUAGUUCUUUUCCUCUCAAGCUGCUAAGUGUUAUAGACUGUUCUCUCUCUUGCCCAUUUCAGUUUUUGUCAUCUCUAAUUCUUAUUUCAGGGGUGUUUUUCUUUUGUGCAAGGUAAUUCAGCAGAAUAAA